AUGUCCGAGCUGAGCAAGUGCUUCUAUCAAGUGACUGCAGGCCGUUCCUGUCGUGAGCUGUGCCAUCCGGAGUAUGCGACGUGUUGGCAAUCGUUCGUGGGUAUUACAAAAACAUUGCUGCCCGGUAGCUACAAGCUCUAUCUAACACUGCUGGUGAUCCCGCCGCUAGUGAAAGGAAGUGGCUACACUGCAGAAUACUGGAGGAAUCACAUCCUGGGCUACGCGUCGAUUUCGUUCAAAACGUACAUCCAGGCAAUCAGUGGACUAACGCUGCAAUGUCUACUCUACAAACUAUUCGGCAGGCUGCACUACUACUGUCUGAUGGGUGUGCCGGGUUUCGUCAGUGCGGCACUGGUGCCCAAGCUACCGAAGGUGCAUUUACGUCUCCAGGGCAUUACCUACUUCAACAUGAUGCUUGAGGUGAUGAUCAGGAAGAGCAAGCUGCGGUGUCUGCAACACCUGCGCCAAUCGCCACUGUGGGCAACCGUUUGCUUCAUGCUGUUCAGUGCCAGGAUUAUGGACGUGCUGCGGGCGGACACCGUCAACCAAUUCUGGAUCAUGUAUCCGGCAACGUCCAAGCAUGAGCAAAUGGAAAGCACCUGCCUGCAUGAUGCGUCCUGCCGAUCGUACGUGCUUGAUGGCAUCUGGAAGUACGCACUGGUUGGGUUUACUAUUGAAGCUGCCCGUGCCCUACUAUCCAAGGGUGCGCUGAUGUACGGGGAACCUUCCAGAUUUUUCCAAGAAAUGCGACAAGCCAUCGGUUUAGCGCUGCCCUUCUUUUUAGCGGCUUACGUUGGUAGCUUCCGGGGCAUCAGUUGCUCGCUGGCGCAUUACGCCGGUCGGGAACGUCCCGAACAUGCCCGACUAGCCGGGCUGCUCAGUGGAGUCAGCUACUUGAUCUACCCGAAGUAUCAGAUAUUCACGCUUGGUUUUACAAAGCUUUUGGAGAUGUCCUGGGAGCAUCACCUCAACACAGCCAAAGCGAAGCCCGGCUGGAUGAAGUUACUGCAGCGCGUACCCGUCCUGCGGAUGGUGCACAUGGUAUCGAUCGGCUACAUGUACCAUGCGCUCGUCUUCCAUUCACACCUCUCACCACCGUUCAACUCGAAAUGCGUGAAUUACUGUUCCGGCUUCCGUGUGGAGCGCCUCAAGCGCCGGCUCGUCGCGUGGAUGCUCGAACAUUCCUGGAGCACCGCCCGCCAGUGA